GGAGGGUAACCACCGAUAUAGCGAGGCCCCGAAUCUCUCUGUUUAUUAUCUUCGUGCGCACCCCCAAAAGUCUUUUCCAUCAGCAGCUUCAUCUCUCACGCUUCUGUUCUACUCAUAUCCCCUUCUUCAAAAAUUUCUCUCUCUACCAUUCUCUUAAUUUAUCGACUCGAUCUUCUCCGAUCAAUCGUCUGCCGCCAUGGCUAAUGCUGCAUCUGGGAUGGCUGUGCAUGAUGAAUGCAAACUAAAAUUUAUGGAGUUGAAGGCAAAAAGAACCUUCCGUUAUAUAAUAUUUAAGAUCGAGGAGAAACAAAAGGAAGUCAUUGUGGAAAAGGUUGGUGAGCCAACUCAAAGCCACGAYGAUUUYGCUGCUUCCCUACCUGCUACCGAGUGUCGAUAUGCUGUCUUUGACUAUGACUUUGUGACGGCAGAGAACUGCCAAAAGAGCAGGAUCUUUUUCAUUGCCUGGUCCCCUGACACUGCAAGGGUGAGAAGCAAAAUGAUUUACGCUAGCUCCAAGGAUCGAUUCAAGAGGGAACUUGAUGGAAUUCAGGUGGAGCUUCAAGCAACCGACCCCACAGAGAUGGAUCUUGAUGUUUUCAAAAGUCGAGCCAAUUAAAACACUGCUGCUGCUGUCACUGCCACUGCAAUUGAAGUCGAAGUCCUAUUACGAUCAUUGCCUUCUUUGCUCAAGAGAGAUGUUAAUAGCUUGUGGGGUAUGUGUUACUUUCUGCUACCUAUGAUAUGUUUCCGGUUUGUCGUUGAAGUGUUAUUUUUCAGUGAUAUUGGUACUUUUUUAUCGUUUUCAUUUACCUAAGUAGCAAAUUCAGUGAUCUUGGGCAAAUAUUUUGUUAUGUGUUUCUUUCUAUGUGAGAAACUUAUGAUAUUACCUUUUGGUUUGUUCUAUAACCUUAUAUUCAGUGCUUCACCUUGUUGCC